CCUGCCUGCAAUCGCCCCCUGCCGCCGCGAAGAGCGCGAGUAGAGGCCGUCCCCCAACCAUGGCGUCUCCAGCCGAUCCAGCCUCUACGGCACCACCGACUACUCCACACCAGCUGGGCUCGGCGUCGCGCCCGCACAGCAGCAGCGAGGCGCUCGCCACCAGCCCCGUCGAGAUGGCCACGCUGGACGCCGCGCCCGCCGCUCCAGCUGCCGCCCCAGCAGACACGCCCGCGCACACGACGCCCGCUCCUCCUCCUGCUGCUGCUGCUGCCGCUGCCGCCAUGGCGACGACAGCUCCGCAGGCGGGCGACGCGAGCGCUCCAGCAGAUGCGCCCGCCGCCCCGUCGUCGCCUGGGAAGCCCGCGCCCCCUUCAGCCCUAAAUCGCGCAGAUACUGAGGCCAUCGGGCCCUCGACAGACACGCCCGCCGCCAACCCAGACAACACGCACGGGCCGGUGCUGGUGAUAAUGCUGCUGCUCACGAGCGGCGCGAGGCACCCCUACAAGAUUGACGAGAAGUACCUGAAGAAGCGGAAUGUCAAGGUGGACAACAUGGACCCAUACAACAUCAGUGUGUACACGCUCAAGGAGCUGAUAUGGCGAGACUGGAGGGAAGAAUGGGAGGCGCGGCCUACCUCGCCAAGCUCGAUAAGGCUCAUUCAUUUCGGCCGCAUGCUCGACGACAAGUCGCCACUCAAAGAGUGCCGUUUCCAAACAGAUACCCCCAACGUUGUCCACAUGACGGUCAAGCCGCAGGAGGUGGUCGACGAAGAAGAAAACGCCAAGACAGGCAAGUCUGGAAGCCGAAGAGAUAAUGACGAAGAACCCACCGCCACCUGCCGUUGUGUCAUCUUAUAAAAGUGCCCGUAUUCUCACGUGUCUUGUGGUCAGACCAUCCCCUUACGAUGACGCCUUAUGCGACCGCCAAAAGUACAUACGGGAAGCUGGAGCGGCGAAAAAGAAAGACCGGUUCGACCAUUGGAAGCGCAUGCGUUGGGCUCUCUGUUCUGGCUAUCGUGCUUGGCCGUUGGGAGCGGCUUAGACUGUGGCGUUCCAGGGACGGGGUUGGGUUUCUUUUUUCUUCUCCUUGACCGUUUUCUCGUUUCUUUCUUUUUCUCACAUUGUGCAUAUGGUGGUGCCAUAAUAACCCGGCUGGUCCUGUAGCUGGUUUGAUUUAUUGUAGUGUAUAAGUACGCACGGUUUCGCGGAGAGCAUUGUUAUUGAGUCGCCCUGGCUCCUGGAGAAUAGAUUACAUUCG